AUGCUUGAGAGAUUUUUAAUAUUGUCUAAACUCGUUUCUGAUGUUUUUCUGCAAAAACCAUCAGGUCCUGAAAUGCUCACAGCAAGAGAGCUACAACAAUUGCGUGAAACAAUAAAAUUACUUCGUCCAUUUGAGAAAGUUACUCUGGAAAUAUCUGGUGAAAAAUAUGUAGUUAUCAGUAAAAGUACGCCACUUUUGAAUUGUGUUACUAUUGAAAUAGAAUCAUUACAACCUACGUUGGAUAUUGGAAUUGAACUAAAAAGAAACAUUAUUACAGAAUUGAAAAAACGGUUUAGUAAAAUUGAGUUUUUUAUUAUGUUUCCUAUACCUACAAUUUUAGACCCUAGGUUUAAAAAUUUACACUUCAGAGAUCCUGUAGCCUGUCAAAAAGCCAUAGUAGAGCUAAAAAAGUUGGCCAAAAGUUCAAUACAGGAAGCAAGCUCGACUGAUUGUUCAAGUGUUGACGAAGAACAGCAAUCUGAUAAUUUUGAUUUAUGGGAACACUAUAAAACAUUAGUACAUAAGAAAUAUAAAAGAAAACAAACAAGAACAGAUUUGUCAGAAACCACCAAUGUAAAUGCCUACCUAUCACAGCUUUUAAUUUCUUUAAAAGAAGAUCCAGUUCAAUGCUGGGAAGAUAUGAAAACUGUGUAUCCAGAUUUAUAUGUACUUGCUCAGAAAUAUUGUCGUUAUUCGUCUGUUAAUUAUGAAAGAUUAUUUUCAAAGGCUAGUUUAACGCUUUCAAAAUCAAGGAAUAGACUGUUAGGAAAGAGAUUGAGUAAAUUACUUUUUUUAAACUCCAUUGAUGAUGAUCUUUGGUUUCAAACUUAA